CUUUAUCAUUAUAUUUCCUUCCCUCACUUUUCUCUCUCCCCUAUUGUAUCCCCUCGUCUUGUUCCCUCUCCUCCUAGUUUCUCAAUGAGUCUCACUCCAGCUUCAGCCCCUCCCACUCCGUGUAAGGCUUAAUUGUCAUCUUGGACGAGAACUCGCUAAGGCUUAAAUACCGCGUGCGCCUCCUGCAUUGACAGUAGAACUGACCGACGUAUCCGAGAGGGCAUCAUCUCGCUCUUUCUGGUGCGUAACAUUUUUAUCCUCCUCGUGCUUCUUCACUUUUGCCGCCGAGCCUCCAGCAUGCAGGUGUCUCUGGCCCUCCUCGUCUCCAGCCUCGCGCUGCUGCUUCUGCAGGGAUGCUGCACCGCCGUGAAGGGAUGGAAGGUACUAAAGAACGAUGGCACGGAGAUUUUACCGGAGUACAGAGAAAACAGUCGGACCCCUCUCGAGACGAUAUUACAGACGGCCAACGGCAACAAUAACAACAACAACAACAACAACAACAACAACAACAACAACAACAACAACACCCUGAAUAACAGGGCGAAGAGCGGCGGGAGGAGCGCGGACACUGUCUCCUACAGUGCCUCGGAGUUGAGCUGCAGGGAGUUGCGCUCCACCCGUUACAUUACGGACGGAUCUUGCCGCAGUGCUAAGCCCGUGAAGGAGCUGGUGUGUUCGGGCCAGUGCAUGCCCGCACACCUCAUGCCCAACUCCAUCGGCCGUGGGAAGUGGUGGAGGGGCAGCACCACAGACUACCGCUGCAUCCCGGCCCACUCCAGGACUAGGAGGGUGCAGCUGCACUGUCCCAACGGCAACACUCGGACUUACAAAAUACGCGUGGUUACCUCCUGCAAGUGCAAGCGCUUCAGGCCCCACCACAACAAAUCAGAGCUCAAAGAGGUGCCAAAACGCAACAAGAAGCACAGUCGCUUGUCUCAAGUCCGGAACAAGAACAACACGCCGACACUGAUGGGAAACUCGUACUGAUGCUCUUCCAAAGGACAAACACCAAAGCACACACACACGUUACACAACACACCAUUCAACAACGUCUCCUUCAACUAGGGAGGAGAAAUAUCAAAGAGAGCAAAUUCAUAAGCUAAUUUUUGGACUGGUUUUUUAAGUCAUCAGUCUUCAUUUUUUCAAUGUAUUUGUGAACUCGGCUGCUUAUUUGCAUGACAAAGUUAGUCACUGCCAGGGGGCUUGCCACAGAUGUAGCACUAUGUUGGAUAAAAAGUAUCUAAUCGCCCCAACAGCUCAAGCCUCUUUUGGUUUGUGUCCUGCACACAAACAGAUUUCAUUUAAUGAGAAGUCCUCCCCGAAGGCUUCCAGCCCAUCUGUACAAACAUCCAGCGGAUGCAGAGCAAUGUUUUUUAAAGCUGAAAAGGUGUAUCUUCGCCCCAAAGUGGUUGUAAUCCAUCUCCUUUUUGGCUGUGCGUGUGUGGAGGAGAUGGUGGCAGCUCUUGGGGCUCUGAUGUUGACAGGUUUCUGUGCAGCGGUGCAGGCAGCUCACUAAAGGCCUUACUCAUCGGGAUAGCCCCACAGCACUCUUCCAGGCCUGUCAGUCGCAGUAACCUUCCCCACAGCCAGAUGCAGAGUGAGGAGAGACAGAGAAAUUAAGCAGUUUUGACACUACGGGGACAUUCCUGUGACUCCUUAAUUACUAAAUGAGCCUAUUCCUGUGUUGUUUCGAGUCAUAAAAAGCCAUUUCCUCCAGCCAGUUCCUGUUUGCUGGAAACACACACAGAACAAAAAAAGUGCACAUGUGUGUGUGUAGGAGGCAUCAGAAAGUAGAGCAUGGUUGCGUUGUUACCUAAGGGCAGAGCUCUUCUCCAGCACGCCCACACACACCGGAAUUCUUUUGUAAAGGGCCAAAUAGAGCAGCGAUCAAGCAUCCACAGCCAAAAUCCAUUCGUUUGUGUCCGCUCCCAUACUGUAAAUAGCUCCAACAGGAAAGAUAGGAAUACACAUAACAUAAUGAGAACAAUAAUUCUGAUAAAAAUCUGACCCCCGGUCUGUCACAACCUCCUUCCUCAGCAAUGGGGACUGUUCUCCAUGAAGAAUAUUCACAAUGUUUCCACAUAUAGUCAUUCCGCUUCUAUUGCUUCCUGAUUUUUGUAUGGUUGUCUUAACUGUACCGACAAUGUUUGCUUCUUUUCCCGAUUGUAUGUUUUGGAAUAGCAACUGGAAGGGGUUUGUGGUGUAAGCUGAGAGCUGGGAUUGUACAUAUCAUACCUGUGUGGUCCGCUGCAGUGGGGGGACGGGGUGGGGGGCUGGUUUCUACAGACACUAAAGAAGGACUGUUACAAAGAAUUAACUGCAUAUUUAUUUUUUAUUUCACAUUUAAAUUAUUUAUGCAACCUUUUGUAGUAAAUGAUAGCCAUUAUUGUCAUAUAGUAUGAUAGAGACUUUGAAAAUGAAAUAAUGUACAGAACAUGAAUAAAGUAAA